AUGAAGGCAGAAGACUGGUACUCUUACCCGUCCCUGCUUACUGACAAUGAAAUAGCUCCUCUGACUGCAACAGAAUAUGUUGAUCCUUUCAUUGACCACUGUUAUAUCCAAAAGAUAAAACAUAUGGACCACUCAUAUUCUCAAUCAAUGGACAGCAGCUUCCAGAGUAACCUAAACAUAUUAGAAGGUAUUCAGAUGCCCAUGAUCCCAUCUACUUCUGAAACCGUUGAAAUGAUGGAGGUUGAUACUCAACAAAUUUUGAGAGAAGGUCCAAUAGGCCAACCAUUGUUCUCUACCCCAAAUAAGACUGGUAGCAGCCGGUUACUGCAGAAAAUAUCGUAUCUUACUCCAAAUUGUAGAAGGUGCCACUUCUGCUAUGGAGUUGAAGAAAAUCAUACUCCAAAUGUCGAAGCUGUAGGAAGCACAGGUCUUCUUCCUGUAGCUCUAUGCUGUGACCAGGGAACGGCAUUCCAAGCAGCCUUAAAAAGCUUUCAAGAAGAGACAAGAAGAGAGCAAAUACUUUCAAAAAAUAGAACAGAUGAAGCAAUUAAUAUUAGUGGACAUAGAUUAAAUAUCAUUUUUGACCCUCCUCAUCUCAUUAAGGGCAUAAGAAACAAUUUUCUGACAAAAAAUAUUAAAUUUGGUGAGGAAAUUUCUAAAUGGUCUGACAUAGUUGAUGUGUACAAAAUGGACUGCAAUGCUAUUGGAGGCACAAAACUGAUGCCCAAAUUGAAUGAUGAGCAUGUUAUUUUGGGGAAAAUAAAAAAAAUGAAGGUUAAAAACUGUGUAAGAGUUCUCAGCUAUAAAGUAGCACAAGCAUUGAAUUUUGCUGCAAAUUUUUCUCGUGAUGUUCAUGGAAAUGAGGGGUUACAGUCAAAAAGACUUUAG